AUGCUUACUAGCAACAGGUUGAGUGUCGUGGACGCGCGAGCAAUAGUUGGCCUACCUGCUGUGCGAGGGUCAUCAUCCUCGACCACGGACUUGUCCCCGUUGGACCAACACCGUGCAUCACCAGCCCAUUUGGACGGGAGCGUUCCGCUACUGGGCCGCGAAUUUGGAGGAACUCUUAAGUCACGUUUCGCUUCCUUGGCUCGAAAGAGUGGAGCUGACCGAAAAGAGACCAGGGAUCACGGGCGGUCCUUGGUGGGGCGAAGAGCUAACCUUGAAGGGAGGUUAGGAGACGAUGGAGAUCCCGGCCGAGUUUCUGCUGGGACCCAAGAGCCCCUCGUUUCACCUCUUCAGAGGUUUCAAAAGGCCGGGCGUAAGAUCGUUCGGCAAGGUCUACAACAUAGGCUACAAGCAACGCCCGACGACAGGAAGCUUCUUGGGCGUCUGGGCAGCCUAGAGGUUGCGGAUGGUGACUUGGAGAAUGCGAUUGAGCAUUUGCGCCUCGCAGCUAAGGGAUCUGACGAUGACGUGGCGUGGACUACUCUUGCCCGGGCGGAAGUCAGGGCUUGGGAGCAGGACCCUGCUACCGGGCACGAGCGUUUGCGAUGGGCAUGCGACGCGUAUCGCCGCUCGGUCGAUCUUCUUGAACCUGGAUUUGUGCAGGUCUGGGAACUUCCCGCUCGUUUACUUGAGCUCGGAGGGGUGUACGAGUCGUUUGGAUCCUUCGAGGGAGCGCUGCACAUCUACCAAAGGAUAGCCAGCAGCAUGCCUCUUUCGAGUGGGUUUGAGGGCGUGUUAUUCCGCUGUGCCGUGGUGAUGCGAUACAUGGCUACACUCGAGAGGGCACCUCGGAACGGUCUACUGGAAAGCGCCCUGGAGCACCUGGAUCUCAUCAUGCAGGAGCAGGCGCUGAGGAAGGGAUUUUUCGCCGAGUCGGCGGCGUUGCUUUACGCAGAUGUGUGCAUGGCACUGGCAGAAGGGUCCGCCGUCGCGAAAGGGUGGGCAAAGGCUUCAUACCAAGAGGUGUUCGACAACCGCAAAGCCCAAGGCGAUAAACACGCGAUGACGUUUCGAGACUGGGACGACUGGAUAGCUUCCCCCGAAACCCAGCUCCAAUUGAGCAAGGAGUGGAGCCAGAAAGGGGAGCCAGCUUUGGCCGUGCUUGCGUUUGAAAAGGCUCUGGAGGCGUUCGGCAGGCAGAAGGAGAUUUCGCCGAGCUCCAAGGCCGAGCCAUCGUUUUCAGCUCUGAUGGACGCGUCCGAGGCCUAUGCGAGCUUCCAGCGCUUUGUCAGGCAAGGGGAACAAGACCAGUAUCGUGUCGCCCAAUAG